AGAAUCUUGUCACCUGGAGGAAUAAUACAGUUAUAGUACAUGGGAUGUUGUGGUGUAAUAUUUCUAUAUGAUGCAUUGUUACUAAUAUAACACCAGCUAAUGUGGAAAUUAAUCUAUAUUAGCUUUUCUAUAUAGUAGUCUACCGAUUAACCCACCCGCAAGCUCUCGCUCCGUGGUGCUACGAGUUCAAUGGUCAACGCGACGCACACUGCUCGCGCAGCCCAGAACGUCCCACAUACUCGCGCGACAUCAACAACAAUGGCAAAUCGUAGUCUGUUUUGGUAGGAUAUUUCUGAUUGGAGCGAGACAGCCCGACAGCUCAGCCGCUGUGUUCACGUCUUAUUUCUUCUUUUAAAUCGGCGAGUUUUAUUUCCCGGACGAGAGUGGUCGUCUGUCGUUACAUUUUCCGUUUUUAAUUUUUUAUUUCGAAAAUGUGCGAGGCGCUGUUGGCAAGCUCACACAGUCUGUGCAUGUGUGUCCCUGCUGCUUUUCUGCUGGGCUACGGCUACUAACCUAGCUGCUUUUCACUCGGUGGUUAGCUAACGUUAGCCUGGCCGCGUUUAUUAACUUGAGGAGGGGAAAACACAAGCGAAUGUAAAGCGAGCUUGUGCUAUCUGUUUCGCGUUCACAGCCGUUAACUAUUUUCCAACCGUUGCUGUCGGCUACGGUAAGAAGUGUUGUAUGAUUUGUCGUAGAAGAUACUUUGCUGGCUAGCUAACAGGCUAGCUAUUUGUGUGUAUUCUUCGACUGAGGAAAACGGCGAGUUUUCUUUGAAAGUAUGGAUGACCAGACCAGGAUGCUGACGGGUCUCACCGGACUCGCUGGACUAGCACAAGCCGAUGUCGGUGACCCAGACUCGGUCAGGAAACAGCAGUCCCUCGGUCAACCUCAGCAAGACAUAGGGGAUAUCCUACAGCAAAUAAUGGCCAUCACCGACGAAAGCCUGGACGAAGCACAGGCCAGAUGCUGGCCAGAGGAAUCGCCGGCGCAUUGGGGUGGAUCAGACGACCCCACAGAGGGAGGGAGAGCAGGGGGGGGCAUGGCAGGGGGUGGCCUGCCACUCAACUUCCAGCACAGGAAGCAUGCCCUGAACUGUCACAGAAUGAAGCCAGCCCUCUUCAGCGUUCUCUGUGAGAUCAAAGAGAAGACGGUACUGAGUAUACGAGGAGUGCAGGAGGAGGACCCCCCAGAUCCCCAGAUCAUGCGGUUGGACAACAUGCUGCUAGCAGAGGGUGUGUCAGGACCAGAGAAGGGUGGCGGAUCGGCUGCAGCGGCUGCAGCAGCAGCAGCAGCGGGGGGCUCGCCUACCGACAGCAGCAUCGAACACUCCGAUUACAGAGCCAAGCUCGCCCAGAUUCGCCAGAUCUAUCACUCUGAGCUGGAGAAGUAUGAGCAGGCCUGCAGUGAGUUCACCAACCAUGUAAUGAACCUGCUGAGAGAGCAGUCUCGCACACGGCCCAUCUCUCCCAAAGAGAUUGAGCGCAUGGUGGCCAUCAUCCACCGCAAGUUCAGCUCCAUUCAGAUGCAGCUCAAACAGAGCACCUGCGAAGCCGUCAUGAUUCUGCGCUCACGCUUCCUUGACGCCAGACGUAAGAGGCGCAACUUCAACAAGCAAGCUACAGAGGUGCUGAACGAGUAUUUCUACUCCCAUCUGUCUAACCCUUACCCCAGUGAGGAAGCCAAGGAGGAACUGGCCAAAAAGUGUGGGAUCACUGUGUCUCAGGUCUCUAAUUGGUUUGGCAACAAGAGAAUACGCUACAAGAAGAACAUUGGUAAGUUCCAGGAGGAGGCGAACCUCUACGCAGUGAAAACAGCGGUGGAUGCUGCCAAUGUGUCUGCGCAGGCUAGCCAGGCUAACUCUCCGGCAACGCCCAACUCAGGUGGAUACCCUGCACCGUGCUACACACCUGACGGGCGGCUAUGAGGAGCUGUCGGGUAGUGGCCUCUACACCCCUCAUCGCCUGGAUAACACUCUCUUCCCUGACUGUUCGCAGGCUAACAGCUGGCAGGACACCACCAACCCCCCCUCGGUCACCUCUCCUCCCGGUCCUCCUGGCAGCGUCCACUCCGACACCUCCAACUGAUUCGGUGGCUCUCCCUGCCAUCUCUUCAUUCCCACUGCGGUCUGCUCUGACUACCAUCCUCUGUCCUCAUUUUUCACUAUUCCCUCGUCUCUCAACUAGACAGCCGCAAGAGGCUGCGCGCGCAUUUCAUAAACACCACACUGUGCUGGAACACAGAACAGCUGAACAGUAGUUAGGAGGAGUUCUCCCUCCACCCCACAGCUCCACUUCAACGCUAGAAGCUCCAGAAUAAAAAGAGGGGCGGAGCUUACUGAUGCUGAGACAGAUAGGAAACAUCUUUACUAUCAAGGACUUUUUGAAAAACCACUGACCCAGCUGUGUAGAUGAUCAUGAUGUCUGUACAUUAUGUGUAUAUGCACGUUAACUUCACACAGUACUCACACAGCUUGUCCAUGUGCUGUUGACCUCUGCACUCGACCCUUUGCUUUGGAAAACUGUGUGUGAUUGCCUGUAUCUCUUGAAGCCUUGGCGUUUGACGGCCAAACUGUUGAUACGGAUCACCAGGGAGCUCCGCUCACCUCGCUCGUACCAAAGUGCUGCCCCGGUAGUUGUCAACACAUCUGUUCCUCCGAGAUCACCCUCUGCCAACUCAACACAAGACACUGUUGUAUCUUCCAGUCCUUUAUAGCUCGGUGUUUCAUUCUGUUGGAGAUUUAAAAUAAGUGAGCUGUGCACAGACGUGCAUGCACCCCCCCUUCCAUAACACACACCUCACAACUUUUCAGUCGUUUUCACAGUGAGCUGACAUAAAAGAUGUGUCAAGCACAAAAGUUAGCAUCCUUGUUAUGGGUGUCUCUACCUGUCAAAGGGUAGUCAAGGGGAUCACUGUUCUAUACCAGGCAGGACAGGUGAUAAUAGGGCUGGUGAGAAGAGGAGGAAAGGGCAGAGAGAGGAGAAUAUCUUUGGUUGAGUGGAUGUAACUAAUAGCCCUUUUUGUUGCUAACCAAUAGAGGGUGUUGGUAGAUGGCUUGUAGACUUUACUUCUUGCUUUCUGUCCACUAGUUUAUUUGAUUGUAGGCUAUUUUCUAAUGCUGUUUCACCAAGAAUGCACCAGCCACCACCAAAAAUGAGCUCAAUAAAGCAUCUAAAUGACGUUGAAGGAGAAGGGCGGAAAGAUUGUGGGGCAUCGAUGUGUUAUUGGGACAAACGUGACAUGAAUUUAGAAACGUGACUGUCUUCCAUGCAUGUAGGACUUCUAGGCGUGAUAUUAUUGUUUUUCAUUUAACCUUCCGAGUUUUUAGCUUCGUUUUUAUUAACAAAAGAAAAAAAAAUAAAAGGGUAUAAUUAUUACAGUCAGACCAAAAAGGAAAAAGUGCAUCAUGUAUUGCUAUGAUGUGUGUGUCUCUGUGUGGGCGUGUGUACAGUGUUCUUUGGGAUGUCUUAGUCAAACUGGCUGGUGCCCUCUGACCUUUGUAAGCAUUAGAGAGACUGGGUGCUUCCACCAGCCAAUGACACACCAGGUUGGGGGGGGGGGGUUCAACUGAGAUCUCCUCCCCCCCCCCCCCCCCCCCNCCCCCCCAUCUUGAAACAUUCAAAGCUUGUUAGCCCGAGGCAACACACUACAACCUUCUGUUGUAUCAAAACCAAAAAUACCACGUUCAGCAAUGUAAUAAUGCUACUCUGUGUCUCUCUAAAGUCGGCGCACAGCCACCUUUUCAGUUCGAGGAGAGGAGGGAAUUAUAUUUGUAUCUGUGUCUCUCUGUGUGGUGUUGUCAUGCCUCAAGUUGAUUUGAUUUUUGGGGUUUUUUCGUUGUGGGGCGUCAUGGGAGGGUGGGUGGAGUGAGGACUGUCAUAUCACACCUGUAAUUUGAUUGUGAGCAUAGAAGGUAUGCUCUCCCCUUAACCCAUCCUUUAAUACCUUCUGGUAAAACCACAACUAUUUUGUUUUUAGUUCUACGGCCGAUUGGGCAAGGGCUUCUCUCUCUCCUCUGUUACCAAAAAAAGAGGCAGCACUGGGUGUGGUAAAACUCGUGUUUAAGACAAAAACCUGCAACGUUUUUGGGGGAUUUUCAUUCUUUUUGGAACUAUUUUAUACAUUAACUGUUAUGUGAAUAACAAAGCAUUUUUGAUAGUAAGGUACAGCCUUAUGAAGAUUCAAGUGUCAGUCCAGACUUUGUUAAACCAUAUGUUACAGAACAAAACUUGAGCUUAUGAGCUGGUCACACGUGAUAUCCCACAUCUAAUUACUCGUUUUGUUACUCAUCGCAGUUCAUACGACUGUAUCUUAUGAAAUAACGUUAUCGCCACACCAAAUUAUCAUGCCCCCCCUCCCCCUUUUUCUACCUGUUGUAAUGGAUGUCACUGUACAGUUUGUGUAAUGUUUCAGUAUUUUUUUUUUCUUUUAUAAACUUUGAUGUUUUGGUUGAGAUGCCAGUUUUAUUUGGCCUUUGUGUCACAGGAUUCACGAUAACUCUGUAUCAACUUUGAAUAUUAUUUAGGUCUUUUGUUACAUAACUGGGUGGCAAUGUGGGGUUUAAGGGUGCCACGUUUGGUGCUGUGGAAAUAUCAAUUGAAGUUCUCCAGUGGACAUUGUUUGGUGCACUUUGCUGUAUCAACCAGCCUUUUCCUGUCACUACAAAUAUUUACUCAUUUGUGCUUCCUUUAAUUUCUAAAUCAUUUUCUGAUUCCUUGAAAUCAGAACUUUCAGUUUUCGGGCUGCAACUAACGAUUAUUUUCACCGUUGUUAUUUUCUCGAUUAGCUGUUUGGUCUAUAAAAUGUCAGGAAAUUGUGUCAAAAAAUGUCAAUCAGUGUUUCCCUAAGCCCAAGAUAACACCCUCAAAUGUUUUGUUUUGUCCACAACCAAAAGAGAUUCAGUUUGCUGUCAGAGGAGGAAAGAAACCAGACAUUAUUCACAUUUAACAAGCUGGUAUCAAGGAGUUUUUACUUUUUUCUCAAAAACGUUCUCAAACUGAAUGAUAGUUGGCGAUUGAUUUAAUAGUUAACAACUAGUCGAUUGAUCGUUUAAGAUUUAUUCUGUCAAUGCUGUGGCAAAAAGGAGUUGUAAAACUGUUUAACAGUCUAAAGGACCGUUGUUAAUUCAUGCUCUUGGAGCUUCACAUUUACUAGCCUUUUUCAACAUAAUGUGAAGGUGCAGAUGUUGCCUGUUUUGUGGAACGUUAAUCUCAUUAACCCUAAGGUUUAUUCAAAUCAGUAAUUACCUUCGCCAGGGUUCAGUUUGUCAGCAGGGAAACUACUGGCCUGAGUUUCAUGAGACUUGGUGGAAGUGUAAAGCAUGGGUGAAAGAAGAGCUGAUCUGAGUCACAGGACUGAUACACAAAUUAUUUUUCACUUUUGUUUGGCUUUGACUGAGGUUUGCACUCGAGAGCGCCUCUGGUUUUUAAUGCUUUUAUGUUUUACUCUCAUACUCUGAGUAUGCAAACAGUACUUAGCAGAAACAGGAAGUUUUGGGUUUUUUUUUUUUGGAGGCAACUAUGAGGCCGACUUUCACAUUAAAGCAGACGCACCAAUAUGUCAACUCACCUCCUAAAAUAAUGCGUACCGCAAAAACUUUCACGCCUGAUCAUUCACUGUAAACAUUUAGUGAUAUUUUUGCAACAGAUCUGCAAACCUUGAACACCUACUUUUUAUGUUACCGUUGAUCAUGUUUAAAUCUCGUGACUAAAUAACUUCCACAGCACCGAAUGGCUCCUGAAACCCUUUUGAUUUCUUUGGUUUUAUUCUUAGUAUAUUUGUAUCUCCCCUCUUUCCCUUGUAUUUACCCCUCUCUCUACCUCUGUCUUUCCAUUUCUCUUGUAUAUAACCCCCACUGUUUUCAGACUUGUGAGUCUGUAUGAACUCCUUUUAUACCUCAACUUUAGAAUUGUUCUAGAAAGAGUAAAACAAAAAGGAAGAAUAUGACAAAUUGUAGUGUUCUUAUUAGAAAAUUAAUAAAAAAUGAUUUAGUGUGAUUUUUCAGUAUUUGAUUUCAGAUUUUAGGAGUGUUUCAUUUUAUAAUUUGUCACAAAUGCUCUUGUGAUAGUCAAAUGUAAUAAAAGGAGAGAUUGCACCA